AUGACUGAUUUCCCGGGAUUUUCGCCACUGGACGAAGCCGUCUCCCAGGCCGCUCGGGCAUUCGAACCGAUAGAACAAGAACAACCUGACCAAGAAGCUGAUCAAGAACAACCUGACCAAGAAGUUGAUCAAGAACAAGCUGAUCAAGAACAAGCUGAUCAAGAACAAGCUGAUCAAGAACAAGCUGAUCAAGAACAAGCUGAUUACCCCGCCAGUAGCCGCAAUGAAACGACCACACUCAACGUGCCCGUGCAGCCGGAUCGUCGUAAAACGAGAACGGUCGGUCCAGAUUUCCUGAGGGAUCAACCGCCAACCAGUAUAUUGUCUUCCCUGAGCCCGGCGACAAGUACCGAGUCUGCAUCCGAAAACUUGUAUCUUGCGCUUUGGUACAGUGAGGUGUCAGCACUACUGCCACCAGUGUUCCUGGAACUGACUGCCGUGAUGCCCGACUUCCCACCGUUGGGAAGUGCUGUUCUAGCUAUUUCAGCAGCCUACCUUUCCCACCGGGAGUCGUCCGUGGUCGUCACGACCCGUGGAAGAAAGCGAGUGUCGCGCUACAUACCGCACAAAGACCACCAAUACCAGAGUCUGAUAUACUACAACACGGGAGUACAAGGUCUGGCCGACAGCUUUUCCAACCUCGCCCAAAUGAACCCUGUCCACAUGCUGGCGACAUCAGUCUUGUUUCACCACUUCGAACUGGACUCGGGCUCCUUCACCGGCGGUGCCGGACACAUGGACGGCAUCGACAAGCUACUAUCCACCGAAUACCACCAGCUCAACUCUAGUCGAACAGGGCGGGAACUGCUCUGCACGACCAUGAGCCUCCGCGCGCUACACGUACAUCGACGGCUUGUCGCAGGAUCGCGGUUCUCGAAGCCCAUCCAUAAAGCCGACGGCUUUCCACUGAAUAAAUCCAUUAUCAACGGCCAGGCAGGAUCGCAUUACGAUUCCAUCACGAUCUUGCUGUGCGACUGCAUGUACACGGAGCGGAGAAUCGUGUUGGACUGGUGCGCCUGUCGGGUCGAAUCUCUCAGCCCCGACAUCCAACCCAUCAUGGCCAGAAUACUUGGUCAAAUGUGUCUUCCUGAGUCACGGCAGGCUUCGACAAAUUCUCAGUUGAAGGAAAUCGACGAGUCGUACGGACGAAGCCUUGAGCAGCAACGCGCCCAGCUGGACGAGUGGCACGCCCGCCUUCCUCUCUCUGAGCUUCCCAUCGACAGCUUCACCUCCCGACAGCAGGCCAUGAAUGGCUACGAGGACUCGGAACCUGACUUCAAAAUGCACCCUUUGAAAUUCCACACCUUUGAAUCCGCCAUGAACUAUGCCUAUUAUGCCGCUUCGCAGAUCUUGAGUUCGCCAUAUGUACUCGACCGGUUUGAGAAACCAACUAUGACAACCGCUAGAAGCCUUCCAUUCACGCGGCGACACUAUCCAUGGGAGAAGCUGAUCUUGCGCAUUGCCGCCGGGCUCGAAUUUGCCGACUGCAUCCACAAAAACACCUUCCGCACCGGCAUCAUGACGCUUUUGACUCUGUGUCUACUCUGGCGGCCUCGUCCGGAUGUGGCGGUCUGGAUUGACAAUUGGAUCCGCCGAGUUCAAGACCAUGGCGUGCCACUCGACAGCGGCUUGCCGUUUCUGACUAGCCGCAUCAAUCCCUUGAUCACGCAGCAGCAUCGGAAUGGGAUGGAUGUUUUUAUGCUGUCACCUGUUGACACGGAAGACGCCGAGAAAACCGAUCUCUACCAGAGCGACUUCAAGGCCCAGGUCAUGGUGUGUGGCAAGGACAGACAUACGGGGGAGUUGUAUACUUGUCAGCUAGAUGUUCCUUGA